AUGCUGCUUCUCCUGCUCAGCUGUCUCUUGCCCACCGCCAAUGGGAAGAGCUGCCUCCACUGCUGGCCAGAGCUGCCUGCACUGAUAGACUAUGACCUGCAGAUUCUAUGGGGCACCCCAGGGCCACCUGCGGAGCUCUCCCACAGUCAAGACCAUUUGGAGGAAGCAGCAGGAACAUUAUUCACUCACAUAGAUAAAGCCAUUGAGAAGUUUCGAGAUGAUAAACCAUCACUUCUGGAAGAGGUUCAUGUCCUGAAGCAGCAGUUUUCCAAGCAUCUGGAGGACCUAUCUGAAGAGCUGAAGGAGAAGGACAUCCGCUCCACACUGGAAGUCAUCAGCUGUGCCAACUGCAAGACACACUUCCUCACCUGCCAAGACUCCACUCUCUGCCCAGUGCCUGUAGUCACCAGGACCAGGAGGAGCUUGGUGUGGGCUGUGAGCCUCGGCAUUGCUCUGCCCCUGGCGGCCCUAGCUGGAGAUGUUACAUUUUCUGGCUCAAGAAGAAGAAAAAGGAGAAGGAGGCAGAAAAGGAAGUCCUGGGGCAUCCAGAACUUCCACGGAGGGGAAGCUGUGUCGGCCUGGGGGCAGCAAGGCUAG